ACAGAAAGUACUUUUGCAUAUAUCAAAUUUUGGCCAACAAUCAAUUGGGAAUACAAGAAUUUCCAGGAAAUCGCUCAUAAAAGUCCCAUUUUGGAUUGGAGAGACAAGACCCUCGUUUCUCAUUUUCACUGUGAGAGAUUUCCAGAACAAGAAAAAAACAAGUCAUAAAGAAUACAGGAAGAGAAGGAUACAUAGAAUUUUCUAUCAUCAUUUCCCUUUCUUUCUUUAUCUUCUUUCGGCUUCUCUCCUCUCCUCUCCUCUGUCUAUAAAUUGAUUCAAACCCAUCAUCUUCUUUGCACCGAAAGACUCGUUUUUUUUCUGGGGUUUUCCUUCAGGUUUAGGAUUUUACCAACAGCUGCAUGGCCUCACACACUUCAGAGGAAUGUUCUCAAAGGGGGAAGAGGCCACUAACUAUAGACCUCAACUAUCCAGCUCCGUGUGAGGAGGUGGUUCUAAAUACCAGAUUUGCCUGGGCCAAUAGCCAACAAGGUCAAGAUGAAGGACAUGGUCGGUUAGCACCACAAACUUCAAAUGAUUGUGAGGUCAUUGAUGAGGACAUUGCUUUCAUAUCCCCGGUGAUAUAUGCCCAAUCCAAGAAUAGUUCCAGAAGAAACCUUGAGGUGAGGGACGUCGUAGCUACCAAUACAGAAAUGCAUGGUGGCCAUUCAGAUUGGGGUGCUCAGAUUCCUCAAAUUCCCCUUCAUUGCCACAAGCGCAAAAGAACUUUACGAAAUCAAGCAGUUUUGAAUUGGGAGCUUCACUUUAGCUCAGAAGAUGGUGACAAGAACAAGAUAGAGGAAGUACCUUCUCCUGAGCUUCCUGAGAGCACACCACCUCAAGAGAUACCUUCCUUCAGCUGCCCAAUAUGUUUGGGCUCUUUAAGUGAAGAAACAUCGACGAAAUGUGGUCACAUCUUCUGCAAGAUGUGUAUUGAAGCAUCAAUAAAAGUUCAGCACAAAUGCCCAACUUGUCGUAAAAAGCUUAGAAUGAAAGACACCAUCAGGGUGUACCUUCCUACCAAAUGAUUGCAGAGUGGUUAGGUAUCAUAUUGGGGAAAAGAUACAACUUUUGUUGAAGCUUGCACAAGAUGUAUGGGGCUUAUUGUUUUGUUGGGCAGCUAGUUCUAGAUCUUAUAGGUUAGCUAGCUCAGGCAUUUGUAAAGUUCAGAAUUUAAAAAGUUCUAACAAUGGGCUUUGCCAAACUGGUUCCUAGACCCUCAGGCAUGGCACUUUGAUGUUCCCAUCAACGUGUGGUGCUAGUAUCAUUCUUUUCUUGAUUUGUAGGUCAUGUAACAUUUGAUUCUAAUUGGACAAUACGCUUUCUCAACUGUUUUGGGGUAGUUCACAAGCAGGCAGCACUGUACUCGACCAAAAUAGUGAGAAAAUGUUUGUAUCAACCUGUACUCUUUUUUUGUUACAUUUCUAAUAGAAAAGUAAACACCCCUACUCUUUGGCACU